AUGUCGUUCGCACGUAUACCACUCCUACUGUUCUUUCUGCGUCUCGCCUCGUCGGAACAGCCAUCAGCUCCCCAGCCCAUUAGUGCUCCACUUCGUGAGCUACCCUGGAGUAAACAAGUGAAUUUCCUCCACACAACAGACACCCACGGCUGGCACGCUGGCCACCUUCAAGAAGCCCAAUACUCUGGAGACUGGGGAGAUUAUAUCUCCUUCGCCCACCACCUCCGCAAACGAGCAGACGAUGAAGGAUCCGACCUCCUUUUAGUAGAUACAGGCGAUCGCGUGGAAGGGAAUGGCCUAUAUGAUGCUUCUUCACCAAAGGGCAAAUACACGUUCGAUAUCCUCAAGCAUCAACACAUCGAUGUCAUAACGCCAGGUAACCAUGAGCUUUAUAUCGCCAAUACUAGUCGACGGGAAUUUGAUGAGGUAGUGCCGGAUUUCAAGGAUAGCUACAUUGCUUCGAACCUCGAUGUAUACAAUCCUUCUUCCGGCAAAUUGCAACCACUUGCGCCUCGAUACCGCAGGUUCACGACCAAGAACCAGCAGAUCCGUGUUUUGGCUUUCGGGUUCCUAUUCAACUUCCACGGCAACGCAAACAACACGGUCGUUCAGCCAGUUCAGGAGACGGUAAAAGAACCGUGGUUCCAAGAUGCCAUCCGCACAAAAGACAUCGAUCUCUUCCUCGUAGCCGGCCACGUUCCUGUCCGAGACAGCGAAGAAUACGAUCUCGUCUACAAAGCUAUUCGUGGCGUGGCAUGGGAUACACCCAUCGCCUUGUUCGGAGGUCAUACGCAUAUCCGAGAUUAUCGAAAGUAUGACAAGAAGGCUUUUGGCAUUGAGAGUGGACGAUACAUGGAGACGCUUGGGUUCCUGUCGAUCGAUGGAUUGAGCACAGGCAAGAGGGGUGUUGGUGCGAUGGCGUCUCCGGAGUUCAGGAGGAUGUACAUUGACAAUAAUCUGUACUCGCUGCAACACCACUCGGGCACGAACAAGACGACUUUCGGGACGGAUCUCGGGAAGAAUGUUUCGCAGGCUAUUCGCUCGGCGAGGAAACAGCUGAAACUUGAUCACACCUUUGGCUGCGCACCGAGAGAUUACUGGCUCAAUCGUGCGCCGUACCCGGCAGAGGACAGCUUGCUCACACUGCUGGACACGCAAGUCAUCCCGGACACCUUCAAUCACUCAUUAGACAGGCCGAGCAUCGUGAUCACCAACAGCGGUGCCAUGCGCUUCGAUAUCUUCAAAGGACCCUUUACGACCGAUAGCACUUUCCUAGUGUCCCCGUUCACAAGCGGCUUCCGCAUGAUCAAGGAUGUCCCGUACGGCGCUGCUACGCAACUACUACAGCUCUUGAACAAUCAGGGACAAAUCUUGCUCGAGGAUCUGGCGGCUAUGUAUGGUGGCGAGGAGCAUCGGCUGAAAGAUCUGCUGCCGCCACUUGCGCCUGUUAAUGCGCAGACUUUGAGUAGAAAUCAGGUGCAUAUUGCUAGCAGCGACCAGCAAAUUCCCCUCGCAGACAAGCCAUCACUACCUGGCUACACGACCGUCGACGAUGCCGGCUCAGACGGCGAUGAUACCAUCCAUCAAGCUAUACAAUUCUACGACGUACCAAACUGCAUCGCCUCGAACAUCGGAUUCUCGGCAACCACUGUGCUAGAAACUCAGGGCGAGGAGCCGGACAAGCUUGAUCUGGUGUAUAACGAGUUCAUACAGGAUUGGGUUCUGCUUGCGUUGCGGUAUCUGGGGCAGAAGUAUGAGAAGGGGCAGACGAAGUCGGCGCUGAGGGGACAGACGAUGACGAGUGUUAUUGAGGAGUGGGUCGGUGGGCAUUGGGGCUGCGAUGCGAAGGAUUAG